AUGGAUUCGCUCGGCGCAGCAAGCACUCGGUUUGGGUUUGAUCUUUUCAAAGAGCUGAAGAAAACAAACGAUGGCAACAUCUUCUUUUCCCCUGUGGGCAUCUCAGCUGCCAUUGGCAUGCUCCUCCUGGGGGCGCGGGGAGCCACCUCCUCCCAGUUACAGAGGGCGUUUCGCUCUGUAAAAGACACUGAGAGCUCAAGAAACAAGGCUGAAGAAAAAGAGGUGAGGACAUGUACUGAGAAGACAGAAGAGAUACAUCACCAAUUCCAAAAGCUUUUGACUGAAAUAAGCAAACUCACUAAUGAUUAUGAACUGAACAUAGCCAACAGGCUGUUUGGAGAAAAAACAUAUCUCUUCCUUCAGAAAUACUUAGAUUAUGUUGAAAAAUAUUACCAUGCGUUUCUGGAACCAGUUGAUUUUAUAAAUGCAGCAGAUGAAAGUCGAAAGAAGAUUAAUUCCUGGGUUGAAAGUCAAACAAAUGAAAAAAUCAAGGACCUUUUUCCAGAUGGCUCUCUUAGUAACUCCACCAAGCUGGUGUUGGUGAACACAGUUUAUUUUAAAGGGCAAUGGCACAAGGAGUUUAAGAAAGAAAAUACUAAGGAGGAGAAAUUUUGGCUGAAUAAGAGUACAAGUAAGUCCGUGCUGAUGAUGACACAACGCCACUCCUUUAGCUUCACUUUCCUGGAGGACUUGCAGGCCAAAAUUCUGGGGAUGCCAUAUAAAAACAAUGACCUAAGCAUGUUUGUGCUUCUGCCCAAUGACAUAGACGGUCUGGAGAAGAUUAUAGAUAAAAUAACUCCUGAGAAAUUAGUAGAGUGGACUAACCCAGGGCAUAUGGAAGAAAGGAAUGUGAAUUUACACCUGCCCCGGUUUGAAGUGGAGGAAAGUUACGAUCUUGAGGAUGUCCUGGCAGCCAUUGGGAUGGGAGAUGCCUUCAGUGAACAGAAAGCCGACUAUUCAGGAAUGUCUCCACGCUCCGGGUUGCAUGCCCAGAAGUUUCUUCACCGGUCCUUCAUGGUGGUGACGGAGGAAGGCACUGAGGCUACAGCUGCCACCAGCAUUGGCUUUACUGUCUCAUCAGCUGCAGGUUAUGAAAACGUUCACUGCAAUCAUCCUUUCCUGUUCUUUGUCAGGCACAAUGAGUCCAGCAGUGUCCUCUUCUUUGGCAGAUUUUCUUCUCCUUAA